CUCUCUCUCUCUCUCUUUCUCUUUCUCUUCUCUCGCUCUCUCUUCUCUUCUCUCUCGUCCCCUCUACCCCUUCCCGGUCCCCCUUCCUAGCCAGUGAAGUGGCGUUGACAGUGCCGAGGUGCAUUCAGUGCUUUGGAUGUCGAGGUUGUGCAGAAAUUUAAGUUACCAAGCAUGUUGAGCCGUUCUUGCAGUGCUCGAGCACCGUCGGAUUUUACUGGAUGAUGCACCGCCAAGAGACGCGAAACUCGUACGCCAUAGCGACGGAGAGGAGCCAGCUGCUCAGAAGGUCUAUGUCAAGAUCGGAGUCGCCGAAAGCCUCGUUGACGAGGUCGCCGAGGUCGCCGAGGAGCACCGGUCGUUGCAGAAGCGGCACCGGCAACGGCAGCCUUGACCAUUGCUCGAGUGCUUCUUCCUGGACCACCGGGAGCUCCUCAUCGCUCUUGUCGGUCCUCGCCUGCUCGAUGACGCUCCUGCUUUUCACUUCGUGCCUCGGCAUAGCCGACGCCGGCGCUCUCAUGGGCCAUCCUUUCAGCAAGCGUUCCUUCAUGGAUAUCCAGUGCAAGGGCGUGUAUGAUAAGAGCCUGUUCGCGAGGCUCGACCGCAUCUGCGAGGACUGCUACAAUCUGUUCCGUGAACCUCAGCUCCAUACGCUCUGCAGAAAGAACUGCUUUACGUCGGACUACUUUAAGGGCUGCCUAGACGUACUGCUGCUGCAGGAUGAAAUGGAAUGGAUUCAAACAUCUAUCAAGCAACUCCACGGAGCUGAUCCUGGGGUUUAGGCAGAACUGCUUCGGCAGCGAAUACUUUACGAGCUGCAUCCAAGCGCUGUUGCUUGAGGACGAAAAGGAAAAGUUCCAAGAGAUAGCCGAGUACCUUGGCCGCAAGAAAUAAAGCCCUGGGAGACUGAAGAAAAAAUGUCGAGAGAAAGAGAGAGAGAGAGAAAGA